GAUAACUGGUGGUGACUGUGAUUUAAUAACGAGCACUGGAGACGUUAAGUUAGCAGCAGCGGCUAAUGCUAGAAAAACAACUAUGGUAACUAACGUAGCUGUAAGCAAACAAGCUAGCCGAUGUUGCUAACCACCAACGUCACCUAAAGCCAACGUAAACGUAACGGUAAACGUAAACGUUAAGUUAGCAGCAUUGGCUAACGCUAAAAAACAACAACUAUGGCAACUAACUUAACGUUAGCUGUCUUCUCUUAUUCAGAUACAUGCUCAUGUUUUUAAUAGGUUGGUGUUUUAAAGGUUGACGUGCUUUGUUGUUUGUUAAUGUAUUGGUCAAUAAAGCAUGAAUACAAUGUAGACGUAAACGUUAAGUUAGCAGCAUCGGUUCAAUGCUAUGUUAGAAACCAACUAUGGUAACUAACGUAGCUGUUAGCAAACAAGCUAGCCGAUGUUGCUAACCACCAACGUCAGCCAAAUCCAACGUGCACUCACGUUACCACGUUUCUAGAAAAAAACGCGCACAGCUUCCAUGUGCCCUUCUAAGAUUAACCGUUUUUGCGUGCCACUUUUGCAAAAACAGCAUUCAUUAAGCUAUCGCAGAGGAGCAUUUUUGAAAAAUAGCAUUCUUUCCACUCGGGAUGCCGGGUGUGUGCAGGCCCGCGUGUUGCGUAACGGCGGUGGGAGAUUAGCAAUCAGGCUAAUGUUAGCCAGCUAGAAUGUGCAGACUUAUUAAAAGUUGCAACGCUGCAUGGUCUGCUUUGAUGUAAAAAAACAAUAUUUGCUUGCUUGUGUGAGCACGUUGCCUUGGUAACCGUAAAGGACAGCUGUGCUAGUCUGCUAGCUAAAGUUAGCUGCUAAGUUAGUUAGCUUCUGCUGGAAAAAGGCGUCACACGAACUAGCCUGCUUAUAGCCAGACAGUUAGGUUGGGGUUAACUUAGCAGUUUCCCCCUUGAGAUAUUUCCACUUGUCUGGAGUUUAGGGUCCUUGUUUGUUUGCGUUUCUGCACGCCACAAGCUGAGCUCGCAGCACUGCAACUUAGGCGUUGUUUCCUGUUUUGUUUUGUGUUGCAUGUGGCUUGCAACUUGUUGUCAUCGCUGGAACAGUGGCUGGUGUGUAAAGUGUCCCAACGCCGGAGCUCCGCAGACAGACGACGAUGAAGAGAAGCAGGCACCUGAGCAGCAGUGACGACUCUGACAAUGGAAGAAGGAAACAAAGAGACAGAAAGAGAAAGAAGGGCGGCAGAUGGACAGAGAUUAAAGGAAAGAAAAAGGAGAUCUACAGUUUGAGAAACAGGAGACAGUGUAGGGACAGGAGGCGCAUUUGGACCUUCAGAGACAUCAUGGCAGGUAACUCUACCUGCUGGUCGCAGCAUUCAUCACAGCCCAGGAGAGGCAACGGGCAGAAACCCUCCGAGGUUUUCAGGACGGACCUGAUCACCGCCAUGAAGGUGCACGACUCGUACCAGUUGAACCCCGAGGACUACUACGUCCUCGCCGACCCGUGGAGGCAGGAGUGGGAAAAGGGCGUCCAGGUCCCCGUCAGCCCCCAGUCCAUCCCGCAGCCCGUCGCCAGGGUGUUGGCAGAGAAAGGGAAGGAGGUCAUGUUCGUCAGGCCAAAGAAGUUGAUCCGGACAUCGGGCACCGAGGCGCUGGGCUACGUGGACAUCAGGACGCUGGCGGAGGGGAUGUGCCGCUACGACCUAAACGAGGAAGACGUCGCCUGGCUGCAGAUCAUCAACGAGGAGUUCGCUGAGAUGGCCAUGCCGCGGCUGGACGAGAUCACCAUGGAGCGGGUGAUGGAGGAGUUCGAACGACGCUGUCACGAGAACAUGACGCACGCCACGGAGACGGAGGAAGGGCUGGGCAUCGAGUACGACGAGGACGUGGUGUGCGACGUGUGCCAGUCGCCCGACGGGGAAGACAACAACGAGAUGGUGUUCUGCGACAAGUGCAACAUCUGCGUUCACCAGGCGUGUUACGGCAUCCAGAAGGUCCCGAAGGGCAGCUGGCUGUGCCGGAUCUGCGCCCUGGGCAUCCUGCCAAAGUGCCAGCUGUGCCCGAAGAAGGGCGGAGCCAUGAAGCCCACUCGGAGCGGAACCAAGUGGGUUCACGUCAGCUGUGCCUUGUGGAUUCCAGAGGUGAGCAUCGGGAAUCCGGAGAAGAUGGAGCCGAUCACCAACGUGUCCCACAUUCCCAGCAACAGAUGGGCUCUGAUCUGCUGCCUGUGUAAAGAGAAGACCGGAGCGUGUAUACAGUGCUCAGCGAAAAACUGCCGGACUGCCUUCCACGUGACGUGCGGCCUCCACGCCAGCCUUGAAAUGAACACCAUCCUCACGGAGGACGACGAGGUCAAGUUCAAGUCCUACUGCCCCAAACACUCGGGGCUGGAGGGCGCCGAGUCCAGGGACCGAGACUCCGGGGACGAGGAGGAGGAGCGUGUCAAGGAGAGCGUCAGGGACAAGAAGGGCAAACGGAGAGGAAGGGUGAGAGGGGAGGAAGACGCCGCCUCCUCCUCCUCCUCGUCUUUCUGCGUGGCUCCCCAGCUCGCCGACAGAUCUCCCGGCGAACCGCAGACGCUCAGCAGCCGCCAGCAGGAGAAACGAGUCAGCCUCCGCAAGCUGAAGCUGCAGGAGAUGGAGGAGGAGUUCUACCAGUUCGUGGAGGUGGAGGAGGUGGCGGGUCACCUGAAGAUGCCGCCGGAGGUGGUGGACUUCCUCUACCAGUACUGGAAACUGAAACGCAAAGCCAACUUCAACCAGCCGCUCCUCACGCCCAAGAAGGACGAGGAGGAGAGCCUGGCGCGCCGCGAGCACGAGGUGCUGCUGCGACGCCUGCAGCUCUUCACGCACCUCCGCCAGGACCUGGAGAGGGUGCGUAACCUGACCUACAUGGUGACUCGGAGGGAGAAGAUGAAGCGCUCGUUGUGGAGAGUUCAGGAGCAGAUCUUCCAGCACCAGGUCCGACUGCUCGACCACGAGCUGUUCACCGGCGAUCCAUCUGCCAAGGAUCUAGAGAAGCUCUUCUCUCUGGGCUGGUUAUCCUCUCAGGGCUCCCAGUCUCGCUCCUCCUGGAGCCAUUCUGGACUCAAGACCAAACAAGGGUCUUUAAAGCAGGAAAAAAGGAAAAGCAGCAGCGACAGAAAAGGCCUUUCUGACUCACCGCACACUUACAAGAAGGACAAUCUCAGCAAACCACUGGAGACGAAGGAUAGUAAAGGCUCCCGCAUCAAGGAGUCCGAGCCCGCCGAGGCCGCGAGCGACGCCAAAAUCCAAAACUCUGAGAACCACGAGGAGGUUCAGUACCCAAAGCUUCUGAAGCAAGAAGGCGUUCAGGAAACGGUCGCCGUCAAGCUGCACAAACUCGAGAGCAGGAAAGGUCUGAGGAGGGAGGCCCCGGGGCCCGAGCACGAGGCGCUGGCCAGACGGAAAAGGGAGAACGACCAGGAGCAAGAAGAGCGGAGGAGGAAGAGGAGGAGCGAGGGGACGGAGAGCUUCCCCAGCCAAGUGAAAAACAGGUUCGGGUUGAAACACCUGGAGAAAACGGUGUCCAUCAGGCUGGUGGACAUCAGAAACUCAGACACCGACGACUACUUCCUAGAUGAAGGAAUGACCAAAAGACGCCCCGCCUCUCUGGAUGCAACGACUAACACUAAACUCAACAGAGCUAACAGGGUCGCAGACGCCGCCGCUGCCGCCAAAGCCAACGGUUGGCUGAGGAAAGCCCACGCCGCCCAGGCGAACGGGUCCGUGGGCGGACACCUUAAAGACUGGGGGAAGUUCAGGAUCCCGAAGAGGAGCGAGAAGCCUCCGACGAUGAAGGCGCCGGAGCAACGCAAGCCGCUGCUCCGACCGCUGACCAACACGCCGGAGCCGUCGUACCCGAGAACCCGGCUCCGCACGGGAACGGAGAACGACGGGUUCGACUCCAAACCGGGCGACGGCGAGGUGGAGCCCUGCUUGAAGCGGUGCCAUUCCCACCAGCUGAGGGGCGACUCGUCCCUCAGCCGGCGAUACGGGUCUGACAUCAUCCGCCGAGGCGUGCUGGCCUCCUGAUGGCGCUCCGGUGUCGAGCCGGAGCAACACUUUGAAUAAGCUGCACUGUGUUAGUCGGGGAAAGAACGACGGUCGCUCUUUGUACCUUUAUUUUUCUUGAUAAAUCAUAAAAUGCCUAGAUUAAAACAGAGCUGAUAUUUAUUUUUUAUUUGUAACAUAUGUAAAACUGGGAAAUAUUUUACUUUGUACUUUAUUUUGAGCUAGUUUUAAUUUUUUUUUUUUUUUUCUCAAAAGUAGAACGAUGUCAAGUUGCCACUUAAAUGCUCGCUCAGAUAUUUACAAGCAAAAGCAUCAAGUAGGGAGACGUGAUUGUUGCUCGGGACCAUAAGCUUGCAAUGUAAUUUGUUUUUUUUUUUUUUGACUUAGUAUUAAAACUCGGCCAGGAGUCAGUUGCACUUAGUCGUAAAAAAUGCUGAAACACAGAAAUCUUCAUCCUGAAAAUAGGAACUUUUUAAUCAAGCUUUUCAUCUGACGUCAACAGAUAAAAACAGGAAGUUAAACUGCCCCUUUUUAUCUCUCGCCAGCUGUCAUCAUCUUCAUCGGUCUGUCUGUCAUCAGGCUGCGAUUGUUAAACAUUUACAACCUGGGAAUCCACACAAAAAAAAAAAAUUAUAAAAAAAAAGGAAUUCUGAAUGAUGUUUUACUUGUCAUCAGCACUUAAGUGUAAUUGAACUGCGAUAUUGUAUCCAUCAUGUGCCUAACUUUUAUUUGAAGCGUUUGCACUACGAGAGGACGGCACAGGUGUGAGGUAUGACUAGAGUUAUUUUUACACUGAAAAAAAAAGCGUUUUUGUACCCUCGGCCGCUGCUGUACUACUGUUAUGCAAAAUGAAUCUUGUUUUUUUUUGUCUUUUUGUCUGAAAGAGGAAUAAAAACUCUGCAGGACUGAA